AUGAAGUACGUGGACAAGCCAAACAUAUACCUUGUGAAGCAGAAGGAUCUCACUGACUCACUGGAGAGAGAUGAGCAGCACAAAAGAGCCCAGCAGGCACUGAAAACUGCUCUGAAGAAGAAGUUUGAACACACAUUUGAAGGUUUAGCAAAGCAGGCCAACUCAGCCCUCCUCAAUGAGAUCUAUACAGAGCUCUACAUCACAGAGGGGGGAAGUGGGGGGAUCAAUGAUGAACAUGAGAUCAGACAGAUUGAGACAGCAUCCAAGAGACAAACCACACAGGAGACUGCAGUCCUAUGCAAUGACAUCUUUAAGCCUUUACCUGGACAAGAGAGACCAAUCAGAACUGUGCUUACAAAGGGCAUCGCUGGCAUUGGGAAAACCGUCUCUGUGCAGAAGUUCAUUCUGGACUGGGCAGAUGGAAAAGCCAAUCAGGACAUUGAUUUCAUCUUCACUCUUCCUUUCCGAGAUCUGAAUCUGAAAAAGGAGAGAGAAUUUAGUCUCAUGAAACUGCUGCAGCACUACUUUCCGCAACUGAAAGAGAUCAAGAGUAUUGAAGAUGAUGAUGUCAAAAUUGUGUUCAUCUUUGAUGGUCUGGAUGAGUGUCGACUUCCUCUAGAUUUCCAAAGCAAUGAGAUUUGCUGUGAUAUAACAGAGUCAUCAUCAUUGGAUGUGCUGCUGACCAGCCUCAUUAAGGGGAAUCUGCUUCCCUCUGCCCUCCUCUGGAUCACCUCCCGACCAGCAGCAGCCAAUCAGAUCCCUCCUGAGUGCGUCCACCAGGUGACAGAGGUACGAGGAUUCAAUGACCCACAGAAGGAGGAAUACUUUAGGAAGAGAAUCAGAGAUGAGAAAAAGGCCAGCAAAAUUAUCUCACACGUAAAGUCAUCCAGGAGUCUCUACAUCAUGUGUCACAUACCAGUCUUCUGCUGGAUUUCUGCCACUGUUCUGGAGACAAUGUUGGAUAAAGUGAGUGGAGACCUGCCCAAAACUCUGACUGAAAUGUACACACACUUCCUGCUCAUUCAGACUAAUGUGAAGAAUGAGAAGUAUCCUGGCACCAAUGAGACAACCUCAAAGAAAAUGUCAGCAUCAAAUACAGAAAUCAUCCUGAAACUGGGGCAGCUGGCUUUACUACAGCUGGAAAGGGGCAAUCUGAUGUUCUAUGAAGAGGACCUGAGAGAGAGUGGCAUUGAUGUCAGUGAAGCUUCAGUGUACUCUGGGGUGUGCACAGAGAUCUUUAAAGAGGAGAGUGGGUUGGGUGAGGAGAAGGUCUACUGCUUUGUGCAUCUGAGCAUUCAGGAGUAUCUGGCUGCCUUGUUUGUGUUUCAUUCAUGUGUGAAUGAGAACAGAAAUGUACUCAGAGCAGAAGAAUCAAAACCUCGCAGUGACAGAGUGCAGCUGUCUGAGUUACACAGGACUGCAGUGGAUCAGGCCUUAGAGAGUAAGAAUGGACACCUGGACCUUUUCCUCAGAUUCCUUCUAGGCCUCUCUCUGGACUCCAUUCACACUCUAUUAGGAGGAAUACUGACAAAGACAGGAAGCAGAUCACCUAGCAUUGAGAAAACAGUAUUAUACAUAAAGGAGAGGAUCAAAAAAGAAUCUUCAGCAGAGAGGACCAUAAAUCUGUUCCACUGUCUCAAUGAACUGAAUGACAACUCUCUAGUGGAGGAAAUCAAGAAUUUCCAGGGAUCAGGAAAACUCUCUAAUGAAAAGCUGGAACCACACCAAUGUUCAGCCCUGGCCUUUAUGUUACUGAUGUCAGAGGAGAUCCUGGAUGAGUUAGACUUGACGUCCUACAAAACAUCAGCAGCAGGUUAUCAGAGGCUGGUACCAGUAGUCAGGCACUGCAGGAAGGCCAUACUGAACAGGUGUGACCUCACAGGGAAGUCCUGUGAAAUUGUGGCCUCUGCUCUUCAGUCAUCAAACUCACCCCUGAGAGAUCUGGACCUCAGCUACAAUAACCUGGGAGAUUCAGGAGUGAAGCUGCUCUGUGCUGGACUGAUGAGUCCAAACUGUAAACUACAGACACUGGGGCUGGGUUGGUGUAAUAUCACAGAUGGCGGCUGUGAUGUUCUGGCCUCAGUCCUGCGCUCUCCUCACUCAGAGCUGAGAGAUCUGGAGCUCAGAGACAAUGACCUGCAGGAUUCAGGAGUGAGAGCGCUCUCUGCUGGACUGGAGGACCCACACUGUAAAGUGCAGAGACUGGGGCUGGGUUGGUGUAAUAUCACAGAUGGCGGCUGUGAUGUUCUGGCCUCAGUCCUGCGCUCUCCUCACUCAGAGCUGAGAGAUCUGGAGCUCAGAGACAAUGACCUGCAGGAUUCAGGAGUGAGAGCGCUCUCUGCUGGACUGGAGGACCCACACUGUAAAGUGCAGAGACUGGGGCUGUCAGGCUGUAGAGUCACACAGAGAGGCUGUGAUUCUCUGGCUUCAGCUCUGUGUUCAAACCCCUCACACCUGAGAGAGCUGGACCUGAGAUACAAUCACCCAGGAGACUCAGGAGUGAGAGCGCUG